AGCUGAACCGAUAUGGUAUGCUUCACGGAUACAAGAUGAUGCAUCUGAAAUGCAUUCAGGCUGGCUACGUGGUGACACAAGAGACAAUCAGGCAAUUGUUGAAAAUACUGGAUCCCCAUGGAGUGCAACUGAGGCGCCGGAAUCGUCUUCGGCGACGUUUGUAUCAUAAUCCAGGCCCGAAUUUUUUAUGGCAUGUUGAUUCAUACGAUAAACUCAAACCAUAUGGGAUCUGCAUCAAUGGUGCAAUCGACGGGUUUUCACGAAUGGUGAUAUGGCUACAUGCAUUCUCUACAAGUAGUGAUCCCAAGGUCAUCGCUGGAUACUUUAUUGAUGCGGUGUUAUCAAGGAAUGGGACAGCCACCCGAAUUCGCUCAGACUUGGGGACAGAAAACUGUUACAUUGAACAGAUGCAGAUGUUCAUAAGACAUGAUCAUACGGAUGAUUUUUCGAGAAAUUGCUAUUUGUAUGGCUCAAGCAAUCAUAACCAACGGAUAGAGCAGUGGUGGGGAUUUUUGAGGAAGCAGCAUGCACAGUUCUGGAUCAACCUAUUUCAAGAUCUAAAAGAUUCUGACGACUUCACCGGUGACUUCCUAGACAAAAGUCUAAUACAGUUCACAUGUCUUGAAAUAAUAGAGAGAGAACUACAGGAUGUUGUUCACCUCUGGAACACUCACAGAAUUCGCCCAUCUAGAAAUGCUGUGUCUCCACAUGGACGUCCAUUGAUGAUGUACACUCUUCCCCAACUUUUUGGUGCUAGGGAGUACCUUAAAGAGGCAUCCCAACAGAAGAUACAGGCUUGUAGGGAGGAAUGUCGUGAGAGAGGACCAUAUCCCUGUGAUAAUACAGUGUUUGACAUUUGUUGUCUUGCAAUGGCAGAAAACAGUCUUCACCCACCAACCUCUCCAGAGGAAGCCAUUGAUCUUUACUUGUUCUUACGUGCUUACAUACGUACCCAAAUUUAAUAAUCAUAAGUUGUUAUACUGGAUCAAAUGACUGAAUGUGAGCACCCACUCAUAGCCAAAAACAACAACAGAAUUUCAGUUUGGACAGAAAGACUGUGUUUAAGCAAUCAAUAAUAGACAACUCUUUCAUAAUUGACAUUUUCCAAAUGAGCUCCAUUUCAUCUCUUUUUAUUCAUCAUUAUGUAAAAAAUACAUCUAAACCACACAACUGGGAACAAUCCUGUAACUGCAAAUGAAAGGUAUCAAAUGUUGUCAAAAUUGGCACAUAUGUCCUUAUGAAGGAACUAUUUUGUAUCACCAGAAGUGGUCAGACACACUUUGGGCUCAUUGUAAUCAGGGCAACCAUGAUGUUUGAAUGGCCUUUAAAUCAAACAUAUUAUUGUAUGUUGUUAUCGUGUGUAUGUGCUUUUACACAAUUAUUUGGCAUCAUAUAAAUAAAUGGUAAACCAGUGCAGU